UAGCUAGCUUCUUCUGCUGCCUUCCCAUUUGUCUUUGUUUUUGUCACUAACCCCUCUGGUGGACUUGCGCUUUUAAGAGCCGGUAGGUAGCUAACGCUAGCUGAGUUAACAGCUGGAAGACUGGUACUCGCGAUAAGAAUGAACUAAUGGCAUUGCUCCUAUGGGUUCCAAAAGACGCAGGGCCACUUCUCCUUCCAGUAGCGUUAGCGGUGGGGACUUUGACGAUGGCCUUACGUCCACUCCCUUAAACAGCCGAAAAAGAAGAAGAGCUUCCAGUAUACCCACUGUAGAUCCAAUUGCAGUGUGUCAUGAGCUGUAUAACACCAUCAAGGAUUACAAGGAUGACCAUGGGAGGCAAAUCUGUGAGCUGUUCAUUAGAGCACCAAAGAGAAGAAACCAACCAGAUUACUAUGAAGUGGUUGCCCAGCCCAUAGAUCUGAUGAAGAUCCAACAGAAGCUCAAGAUGGAGGAGUACCAGGAUGUGGAACAGCUCUCUGCUGAUUUUCAGCUCAUGUUCAACAAUGCUAAGACUUACUAUAAGGCUGACAGCCCAGAGUACAAAGCCGCCUGCAGACUAUGGGAGCUUUAUCAGCGCACAAGGAAUGAGUUUGUACAGCGAGGAGAAUAUGACGAAGAGGAUGAAGAUGGAGACGACACACUGGAAAACCCUGGCACCUCCACAGAAGAAGAGACUCCACCCAGUUGCCUAAAGGAGGUCCUGGAACAGCUCUUGGAGGCCAUUGUGACAUACACUGAACCCUCAGGGCGCAUGGUCAGCGAGCUCUUCCAGAAGCUGCCCUCUAAAGUGCACUACCCAGACUACUACGCAAUAAUAAAAGAGCCAAUAGAUUUAAGGGCAAUUGCUCAGAGGAUACAGAUUGGAUACUACAAAAGUGUCAGUGCCAUGGCCAAAGAUGUAGACCUUUUGGCAAAAAACGCCAAGACCUACAAUGAACCUGGAUCGCAAGUUUUCAAGGAUGCUAAUACCAUCAAGAAGAUCUUCAUUCAGAGGAAAACAGACAUUGAGCAUGCAGAGCCCACUAAAUCCAGCCUUCGCAUAAGGAACCGGAGGUCUGCCCAGGGAGACCGCCUGUCUGCCAUCACCACGGCUCUGCAGUAUGGGUCUGAGAGUGAUGAGGACGCCCUGCUUGGCUCUGUCAGAUAUGACGAGGGUGAGUCAGAGGCAGAGUGCAUGCAGUCCUGCAUGGACAUGAGCAGCCCCAUCUUCCAGCUGUACGAGGCGGUACGAGGAGGCCGCAGCAGCCAGGGCCAGCUCAUCGCCGAGCCCUUCCUGCAGCUGCCCUCCCGCAAGGAGUAUCCCGACUACUACCAGCAGAUCAAGCAGCCCAUCUCCCUUCAUCAGAUCCGGGAGAAAAUGAGGAACAACGAGUAUGAGAAUAUGGAGCAGAUGGAUGCUGAUCUCACUCUCAUGUUUGAGAACGCCAAGCGCUACAACGUCCCCAACUCCGCCAUUUACAAACGUGUGCUGAAGCUGCAGCAGGUCCUGCAGCUGAAAAAGAGGGACUUUAUGAGAGAAGAGGAGGAUGACAGCAUGCUCUCCUCUACCACUUCUGAUCCUGGCAGCGCAAAGAAGAAGAGCCACAAGAAGAACACGAAGAAGAGCCGGAUGAAGAUCCUGUACACGGCGGUGACUGAGGCCCGGGACAUAGCCACAGGCCGGCGGCUCUGCGACCUCUUCAUGGUCAAGCCCUCCAAGAAGGACUACCCCGACUACUACAAGAUCAUCCUGGAGCCCAUGGACCUGAGGACCAUCGAGCACAACAUCCGCUCUGAAAAGUACCUCACCGAGGAGGCUCUGCUGGACGACCUGAAGCUCAUGUUCCGCAAUGCGCGCCACUACAACGAGGAGGGGUCCCAGGUCUAUAAUGAUGCCAACGUCCUGGAGAAGCUUGUGAAGGACAAGAGGAAGGAGCUCGGGCCUCUUCCUGAAGAAGAUGACAUGGCUUCACCAAAGCUCAAAUUAAGGAAGAGUGGCGUCUCCCCUAAAAAAUCCAAGUACCUGACCCCCCUGCAGCAGAAGCUGAACGAGCUGUACGAGGCGGUGAAGAACUACACAGACACCCGCGGCCGACGCCUCAGCACCAUCUUCCUGCGCCUGCCCUCCCGCGCCGAGCUGCCCGACUACUACAUCACCAUCAAGAAGCCCGUGGACAUGGAGAAGAUCAAGAGCCACAUGAUGGGCAACAAGUACCAGGACGUGGACUCCCUGGUAGAGGAAUUCGUGCUGAUGUUCAACAACGCCUGCACCUACAACGAGCCCGAGUCCCUGAUCUACAAGGACGCCCUGGUGCUGCACAAGGUCCUGCUGGAGACCCGGCGGGACGUGGAGGGCGGGGAGGACUCCCACGUGCCCAACGUCUCGCUGCUCAUCCAGGAGCUCGUCCACAACCUCUUUGUCUCGGUGCUGAGCCACCAGGACGACGAGGGCCGCUGCUACAGCGACUCGCUGGCCGAGAUCCCCGCCCGCGACCCCGCUGCUCCCGCCAAGCCGCCGCUCAACUUCGAGGUCAUCCGGUCCAGCGUGGACCACGGCCGCUACAAGAGGCUGGACGUUUUCCAGGAGCACAUGUUCGAGGUGCUGGAGAAAGCCCGGCGGCUGCACAGGACGGACUCGGAGAUCUUCGAGGACGCUGUCGAGCUGCAGCAGUUCUUCAUCAAGAUCCGAGACGAGCUAUGCAAGAACGGAGAAAUCCUUCUCUCGCCCGCCCUCAGCUACACCACCAAACACCUGCACAAUGAUGUGGAGAAGGAGAAGAAGGAGAAACUGCCCAAGGAGAUGGAGGAUGACAAACUCAAGAGAGAGGAGGAGAAGAAAGAGGCGGAGAAGAGUGAGGACCCGGUGGGAGGGGCGUGGUCGUCGGGGCUACAGCGCACGUACAGCCAGGACUGCAGCUUUGAGAACAGCAUGUACCACGUGGGAGACUGCGUUUACGUGGAGCCUGCAGAGCAGAACCUGCAGCCACACAUCGUCUGCAUUGAGCGCCUUUGGCAGGAUGAUGCAGGUGAAAAAUGGCUGUAUGGCUGCUGGUUCUACAGGCCCAAUGAGACGUUCCAUUUAGCAACACGCAAGUUUCUCGAGAAAGAGGUGUUCAAGAGCGACUACUACAACAAAGUCCCCGUCAGCAAAAUACUGGGGAAAUGUGUGGUCAUGUUCGUGAAGGAGUACUUCAAGCUCCAUCCAGAGGGCUUUAGGCCAGAGGAUGUCUUCGUCUGUGAGUCGCGUUACUCUGCCAAGGCCAAGUCCUUCAAGAAGAUCAAAAUGUGGGCGAUGCCAGUAAGCUCCACCAGGUUCAUCCCGCGCGACGUGCCACUGCCAGUGGUCAGAGUGGCGUCCAUGUUUGUCAAAGCCACCAAGUAUGACCAGGAGAAGCCCUUGGAUUUGGAGGAUGACAAGUCAUUCGGCAUCAAUGGCAUUGUUGACAAGGAGAAGGAGGACGUGCCUGUGGAAUUGAGCAACGGUGAGCCGGGCUGUAUGUACUACGAGCAGCUCCGCUACAACGAAACGUGGAUGAAAGUGGGCGACUGCGUUUACAUAAGGUCACAUGGCCUAGUCCGGCCCAGAGUGGGCAGAAUUGAGAAGAUGUGGGUACGAGAUGGCGCAGCCUACUUCUUUGGACCCAUCUUCAUCCACCCAGAGGAGACUGAGCAUGAGCCCACCAAGAUGUUCUACAAGAAGGAGGUGUUUUUGAGCAACCUGGAGGAGUCCUGCCCAAUGACUUGUGUUAUAGGGAAGUGUGCAGUGUCCUCUUUCAAGGACUACCUGUCAUGCCGACCCACUGAGGUCCCUGAAGAGGACGUGCUGCUGUGUGAGAGCCGCUACAUCGAGAGUGAGAAGGUGAUGAAGAAAUUCAAGGGCCUGAAGCGCUUCUCCCUGUCUGCCAAGGUGGUCGAUGAUGAGAUCUACUACUUCAGGAAGCUGAUCGUGCCGCAGAAGGAGCCCUCCCCAAUGCUGGACAGGAAAAUUCAGGAGCUGGAGGCUAAAUUUGCAGAUAUGGACGGGACGGAGGAAGACAUGGACGAGCAAGGGGACGAGGACGGGGACGUGGGCGAGACUCCUUCCAUGCCCCAGAUGCAGGCGUCUCUUUCUGGAGACAUGGACAUCAUGCCCUAUACUCCACCACAGUUGACUCCAAAGUCAGUGAAGGGGCUAUCCAAGAAGGACGGAGCAAAAAGGAAGAUCAACAUGAGUGGCUACAUCCUGUUCAGCAGUGAAAUGCGGGCAGUCAUCAAAGCUCGGCACCCUGACUUCUCCUUCGGAGAGCUGAGCCGCCUGGUGGGGACGGAGUGGAGGAACCUAGAGGCCACGAAGAAGGCAGAGUAUGAAGAGCGGGCAGCCAAAGUGGUGGAGCAGCAGGAGCGGGAGAGGGCAGCCCAGCAGCAGACUGCUUCCCCUAGAGCAGGUACCCCAGUAGGGGCGCUCAUGGGGGUGGUGCCGCCCCCAACCCCUAUGGGGAUGCUUAACCCGAACAUGACGCCUGUGUCAGGCAUGAUGGGUGGCUAUGGGCCUCCCAUGAUGCCCAUGCAGGGCCCUCAUGAAGGCAUCGGUAUGGGCAGCAUGCCACUGCAUCACAUGGGGGUGCCUGCAUUGCACCACCAUCUUCAGCCAGGUAUGCCCGGGUUCCCUGGCAUGCCAUACCCGGGUGUAAUGGGGCCUGGUGUGAAUGCAAUGGCAGGAAGUCCUACAGCUGGAAAUCACUAUGGGCAGCAGAUGGGUAUGAUUGGUCAAGGUCAGCAAGCCCCACCCCCGUACCCAGGACAGGUUGGCCAGCCUGCACUCCAACAGCCUUCCACACCCAUGUUUGUGACCCCACCUCCAAAGACCCAGCGCUUACUUCACUCAGAAGCUUACCUAAAGUACAUUGAGGGCCUUCAGGCUGAGUCUUCCACAGUCAGCAAAUGGGACCACACUCUCACAGGUGUCUCUUCAAACCAAUCCAUUCACCUAGAAGGAGAGACAUUCACUUGUCCAAAGAGCAGGAAGGCCGUCUGCCUUCCCAUUGGCUGAAGAGCAAAGGAGCCCACACCACCAUGGCGGACGCACUGUGGCGACUGCGGGACCUGAUGCUGCGAGACACCCUGAACAUCCGCCAGACAUACAAGCUGUAACAUGCCUCAGCACACAUCCCCUCAGACCCCCGUGAUAAAUUGUUAACUUCUGGAGAACACAACGUGUCACAAAAAGCAGUAAUUGUUUGGUGUACAUUAGUUUUUUGUUUUUUUUCAACAUAGCAAAAUAAGCUUAGUUUUGAUGUUUUAUUUAACUUUUUUUAAUGGUUGUAAAAGAUUUUGGUGGAAACUGACAUUGGUCUAAUGCCAGUGUGAACACUUUCUUAUUAAAUUUGAUUAGAAAAGUAA